UAUAUAAAUAUAUUUUAUAUGUGGGAAAUCAAAAUAAAGAGAGAGAAAAGUUUGCCUGAGCCAGUUGGUUAUAAAAAAGCAUUUGAUGAUUGUCAAGGAUAAGAGUUAAGAGAAGAUUUAGAGAAAGUAAUUAGUUUAUGAUAAAGACUUAGAAAGCAAUGGGAAUAGCAAAAGGAGGAUUUGGAAAUAUAUUUAUGAUAAUGUUUACAUUAUAUAUGACAGGAAAUAUGAUGAAUAUAUUUACAAUAGUAAUAAUAGGAUAAUUUUUAUGGUAAGCAAUUUCAACAAUAGCAAAAAUGGAUUAAGCAUUUUAAUUAUUAGAGAAUAGAGGAAUAUCUUUAUUUUUUUAUAAAUUGAUUUAUUUAUCUGCAGGAUUAUUACAAUUAGGAGUUGUACUUUAUAAAUUAUACAAUAUUGGUUUGCUUCCAUUAAAUAGUGCUGAUUGGAUUGAUUUAGUUCCAUUACAUCAUGUAAAUACAAUUAUGAUUUCUUAUUUAGUAAGAAGAGAUUGUUGUACCAUAUAGCUAUAAUUGAUUUUAUAUUAAUAC